GGCGCCAAUUGACAACAACUUGAUCAUCGGCCGCAGCUGUGGCGGCUGCAACGCUCAACAUCAAUCCCGGCGGAGGAGGCGGCGGGGGCGGGGCAGGCGGAGUUGGCGGUGUCUCCGGCUGUGGCAGCCACAACGUGGUUGCUGCCAGUCAUGACCAGCUCGCCAAUGUUGCUGUCAUGCAGCCAACAUACGGCGGUGGCAGCAGCGGCAGCGGUAGCAUCGGCGGUUGCCACAACGGUAACAACGGCAGCGGCAGCGGCGGUGGCGGCGGCGGCAACAUUUGCAAUCAGCAGAUCAACAACUACAGCAAUAACAACGGCAGCAAUCAUAUGAGUGCAGCCAGUUUCUUCGGCGGCAGCAACAGCAGCAACAUUACGAACAACACCAGCAACAGCAACAGCAAUACCGAUUAUAUGGCCACGCCGACUACCGCUUAUGCGACACCAGCGACAGCAGCAACAUCAACGGUGAACACCACGACGAUGCUGUCUAAUUACUGCGAUGCCGCGACCAUGAUGAUGGCCGCCGCUGCAGUCAAUGCAAAUCAAUGCCUGCAGCAACACCACCAGCGCAUGUUGCUGGCGGGCAGCAGCAGCAGCAACAGCAACAGCAAUAGCAACAGCAACUGCAACAGCAAUGGCACAGCAGCAAUACCCUCCUCGUCCUCGGCUGGCUCACUGUCAUCUGCCUCAUCGACGCCAACAGCAACAGCAACAGCAUCUGCAACAGCAACAGCCCCGCAGCAACAUCAGCAGCAGCAGCAGCAGCAACAGCAACAAUCGCCGCCAAAUUUAAUCGAUAUCAGCGAAGUUCCUCUCAUUGUGGAUGUCAAGUAGUGUAAUUAUUUAUGCAUCUAGAAAUGGGGCUAUAAACCAACCUUGUAGAUACCCCGCACCCGCCCCAAGAAAAAAAAAACUAAAACCCAAAAAAAAAAAUGUUCAAUGAAAAAAUGUAAAAAAAGAGGGGGAGAGCCGCGUAGCUUAAUUGAAUAAUUUUCCAUUUCUAGCUUUUUGUUGUAACUCUGUACAUAAUUCCCAGAAAAAUUGAAAUUUUCCUCUAGGCCGCCCCAGCUGUGUGCAACGAAUCUCAGCUGACAUAUCCCAGAGAACUUCAAAAGUUAAACCCAAAAACUAUAAGAUGAAUGUGUAUAAUAUUUAAAAGGCACUGAGUUCUACUUAAUUUUUAAAUCACAAAAAUUUAAGAAAAUUGAGAAAAGAAAGAAGAGAGACAACUCCUUAACCCUUGCAAAAGACAAAAACAUAAAGAUAGUUAAAAUAUUUAUAUAUGUAAUGUAGCAUAUACACGUAUAUAUACAUAUAUGAAUAUAUAAAUGAAACUCUACUCCCAGUGGUUUGCAGAAAUAUACCAAAAAUUUUAAGCUAUGUUUACUUGAUGUGUGGCAAUUUUUUAUGUGUGCUUUAGCAAUUUUAUUUUUACUUUAAGUAAAACUUAAAAUUAAAUUCGAUUCUCGACUGGUUUUCCUUUCUAGAGUGCAUCUCAAAGAUGACUCUGGGCGAAGAACCCACAUUGUUGGAAUAUGAAUGCAAAAUUUAGCGAAUUUUUUAUUUAGUAACCAUUACGAGUAAAAACACAAAAUGUUCAGUGCAAGUUUCAGUUCUUAAACGAUUUUUUCGUAAGCUUAAGCAUUAUCUUAUUUAUGUGUAUAGAGUAUGAAAGUUUUCUAUAUUUUGUAAUAAUAAAAAUUUGCGUUUAUAAUGAA